UCAUGUGACUUUCACUACUUCAUUUCUUUCCGGGAAAAGGGUUCUUUCGCAAGUAGCGGCGUGGUACAACCUCUUUAGAACUGAAAAAAGUGAAUAAGGUUAAGAUGUUGAGGCUUUGUGCAGCCCUUGUCUGUUUGAGUGUUGCCUUUGGGGGGUCAUCAACCCAGGCAUCCACAACAAAUGGAACAACACCAACAGUGAUAACAAAUGGAACAACACCAACAAUGACAACAAAUGGAACUACUCCAAUACCAACAAAAAAUGGAACAACUCCUACAACUGCAACAAAUGGAACAACACCAACAACGACAACAAAUGGAACUACUCCAACACCAACGAAAAAUGGAACAACAACUACAGCUACAACAAAUGGAACAACAACAACAGCUACAACAAAUGGAACAACAACUACAGCUACAACAAAUGGAACAACAUCAAAACCAACACCAACACCAACACCAACACCAACACCAACACCAACACCCUCAUAUGGCAAUUAUACUAUAAAAAAGGAUGGGAAAUUUUGCUUGCUGGCUCAGUUUGAGGCAAAAUUUACCAUCAGUUAUGUGAAACGUGUUAAGGAAGGAAACAAAACAAAUACAACAAAGGCUAAGGGCACUGUUGUCCUUAACAGUCUUGUGCCAGUGAACAUUACAGGUAACUGUGGGAUGCUGAGUCUAACAUGGACGAAACAAAGACCAUUUUACACUUUGUCAAUUGAAUUUGCCGGUAAUGACAGUUCUUCCACCUGGCGGUUGAGCAGUGUGUCUUUCCUGGCCAACCUCGAGAACAACCCAAUGUUCCCAAAUGCCACAGAGGGAGUGGUUAAUGCCUCAUAUACACUGUUCCCAAAUACUAGUAUUAGUGGUACGAAUGGUAGCUACUAUUACUGCAAAAAAGACACAACAUUCACUCUUACGGCAGGUAAGAAAGACUACCAAGUCCAAGCAGAUUUCAUGGAUUGGAAGGUUGAACCAUUUGUGCAGAAAAACUCUGAGGACUUUGGAUCAGGCAAAGAUUGCUACCAGGACCAUCCCACACCAACUCCUACUCAUAAUAAGAGCUCAGACAGUGAUAUUGUUCCAAUAGCAGUGGGCUGUGCCUUGGCUGGUCUGGUGCUCAUUGUACUGAUUGCUUAUGUCAUCGGCCGCCGCAAGAGUCACCGUGGAUAUGAGAAGGUCUAGUGGAAGAUCUAUGGGGAACAAGCUUGCGCCAAACAAUGAUCACACAUGAAAUAUACCUGUUGAUAGCCAUGUGUUAGUGUGGUCAUUUUGUUGUGCUUCUUUCUGGACACUUUCUGUCUUAUCCUCUGUGUGAACCUGAUUUUAAAUUCUUCUUGAUGUUAAGCUCUCUGAGACAAAAAUAAUCUUUCAAAAAUUGGCUUUUCAUUCCUGUCAGUACAAUUUCCUAUUUUGGUAACACCAUACUAUUGGGAAAUUUUCCCUUUCUUUCUUUUUUUUUGUUUUUUGUUUUUUACCCUCUGUAACAGAUACAUGUAUGUACUAGAGUCAAAGCUACAACUGGUCAGUGUGAGGAAUCAGUAGAAGGAGCACACAAAAUAAAAUCAAUUAAAUAAAAGAUUGCUAGUUCACUAAUUAAAAUUUUUUUUUAUUUCUGAUUAUAACAAGCUAAAUCCAAUUUAUUGUGAUACAGUCCUUUUUUUUUAAAUCUUGAUGUUUUGUUUGACUCAACUUAGAAGUAAAUGUGGCCAUAGAUUUGAGUAUUGCAUGGAAAAGAGUAGCAGCCACAUUUCCUGAUAUUGUUGUGGAUGGCCCUUUUUGAUACCCUCAAUUUUUGUUAGCAAUGAGAGAUUCCUUGCAUCUGAUGUUUGUGAUGGAGGAAAUUGCAUACUGUGAAGACAUUUUUAAUUGUAACUCCUUUUUUGACAAUCAUAGACAUAGUUUAGAAUGUGUGAUAUUUAACCUUUUGUAUCAGGCAGUGGAAGGGUGAUUUGGAGAAGGAGGGAGAGAAGGAAAGAGAGGAUUAAGAAGAGAAAAUGGAGAAGUUCCUUCCCUUUGCAUAUUCCUUUGAUGCCAAAAGCCAAAAAUUGUGACCAGUAGGUAGACAAUGUGACCCUGGUGCUUCUCCACUCUCUUUUUCUUUUCCCCUGCCAAGCAAAGUUGUGUUUGUUGGUGCCCAUGUUUUUGAUACAUGCAGGGUUUGAAGAUGUUUUGAAUAAAAAUCUACUCAAUUCUA